UUUUGCGAUUGCUACCUUUACACACAGUGUAAAAACGGGCUAGUAUCGUGCUGGUUGCUUUAGGUUUUCUACACGUUGCAUUUUGUUGCAUUUUUAUCGGGUACGAUAAGAAAGAUAGACUAUUCAGUGAUAAGCUUCAAAUAAAUUUAUCAGCCAGUAUGUCGGAGAAGGCAGCUUUACCAGGUAUUUAUACGUCAGACAAGAAUGGUAGCGACGAGACGGGAGAUGGCUCGGAGAGCAGCCCAUUUAAAACUAUUCUAAGAGCAAUGCGUCAUGCCGAAAAGGAACCCUUUCCAAUUAUCUAUCAGGAUUCUCGUGAAAGUGGCAAGAAAUAUGAACCAGCAUCGAAGACGCAGUUGAAAAAGAUGCAGAAGAUUUGGGCUAGAGAGCAGUACAAGAGUGAGGAGAAGGAGAAGAAGCUGUUGGAUGAUGAAGAAAAGAGAAUUAAGAAUCUCGAAGAGGCCAAGGCGAUCAUUGUAGAAGAGGAUAAGACUCUGCCCGAGGCAAAACGUAUCAAGAUAAAAGAUGCUCUUAGUCACAGAGAUCAAAGAGUCAAGCUAUAUGGAUGGGUGCAUAGACUAAGGCGGCAAGGCAAAGCUCUUAUGUUCAUCACGUUGCGAGAUGGAACAGGCUUUCUGCAGUGUGUACUGACUGAUAAGCUUUGUCAAACAUACAAUGCCUUGAUCCUUGCCACAGAAGCUGCUGUUGAACUGUUUGGGGUUUUGAAAGCUGUUCCUGAAGGAAAAAAUGCACCGGGUGGGCACGAAUUAUGCGUUGAUUAUUGGAAACUUAUUGGACCGUCACCUUCUGGUGGCGCCGAUUCAAUACUGAAUGAAGAAGCUCUUCCUGAUGUACAAUUGGACAACAGGCAUAUAAUGAUUAGAGGUGAAAAUACAUCCAAAAUCUUAAUAAUGAGAUCCGUAUUGAUGCAAAUGUUCAGAGAACAUUAUAGGGAGCGUGGUUAUUAUGAAGUAACUCCACCAACUCUGGUGCAAACUCAAGUGGAAGGUGGUUCAACGCUCUUCCAAUUAGAUUACUUUGGAGAAAACGCUUUUCUCACUCAAAGUUCUCAAUUGUAUCUUGAAACAUGCCUACCAGCCAUGGGUGAUGUAUACUGCAUUGCCCAGUCAUAUCGGGCAGAGCAAUCGAGAACACGUCGUCACCUUGCCGAAUAUACACACAUUGAGGCAGAAUGUCCCUUUAUCACAUUUGAUGAUCUGCUUGAUCGACUAGAAGAUUUAAUUUGCGAUGUAGUCGAGCGAGUUCUACAAUCGCCGUACGGUCAAGUCGUCAAAGAUUUGAAUCCUAACUUCCAAGUGCCCAAGAAACCCUUCAAGCGAAUGAACUACAGCGACGCGAUUGAAUAUUUAAGAGAGAACAAUAUCACAAAAGAAGAUGGUAGUUUUUACGAGUUCGGAGAAGACAUUCCAGAAAUGCCAGAAAGAAAGAUGACCGAUGCUAUCAAUGAGCCAAUAAUGCUCUGUCGUUUUCCCGCUGAAAUUAAGUCGUUUUACAUGCAACGUUGCACAGAGGAUAGACGCUUGACCGAGUCUGUCGACGUGCUUCUACCGAAUGUGGGCGAAAUCGUUGGCGGUUCGAUGCGUAUCUGGGAUUAUGAGGAGAUGAUGGAGGGUUACACCCGCGAAAACAUUGAUCCGACACCGUACUACUGGUACACAGACCAGCGGAAAUAUGGAUCUUGUCCUCAUGGCGGUUAUGGAUUGGGAUUAGAACGAUUUUUGUGCUGGCUCUUGAACAGAUAUCACAUACGCGAGGUGUGCUUGUAUCCGCGUUUCCUAGAGCGUUGUCGCCCGUAAAAAGAAUAUUCCACAAGAAUAUGCAUAUUAACUCGAUAGUUACACUUACGAGAUGUGUUUCACUUUCUAUUAUAAUUUUUUUGUCACGUUCUACUAUUAAAUUAUACAUGUAUAAUAAAUUAUACAGUACUGCGUUCUACUCUGAAAUAUGCAUAUAUGAUAAUAUUAAUUAUACAUAACUACAAAGAAAACUUGUGGGAAACCUAAAUAAAGGACCUAUGAUCAAGUA